UUUAAAUAAAGACUUCCUGGGAGAGUGCUUCAUAACUGGUGCAUGAUUGGUGUUGUAGGCAGCAUGGCUGACGAUGUCUAUGGAAACAGUGACUUCCAUCAACAAAUUGGAAAAAGAAAACACAGCGACAGGGAAAGAUACCAAGCUCCAGCAGGAGUGGAUGAUGAAGAUGAUGAAGCCGACUAUGAAAAUUUUGAAGAUUCUAUUGAAAUGGAGGAGAAAAAAACAAACCAAACGGAAGCAUUCAAAGAGGAAGUGAAAGCACAGGCAGCCACAAAUCACAAUGUCUGCGGAACCAAAUCGAUUGUGUUUCUCUACGUUCUGCUGAUCGCUAGCUCUGUGAUGUGGGCGGCUCUGCUCUCCUUGCUGUUUGUGAAAUGCACUGCAGAAAUACAAACCCUGAAAACUCUCCUGACAGAAAAAGAUUCUCAAAUGAGGGCAAAUUUUGAGAAUUGCGUUUCUAAUGGCACUGCAGAAAUACAAACCCUGAAAACUCACCUGACAGAAAAAGGCUCUGCAGAAAUAAAAAACCUGCAAACUCUCCUGCAGGAAAAAGACUCCCAGCUUUCCUCAAAUGUGAGGAACUUGGAAAAAGACAUUUCUAGCAUGAAAACUAAAGAUUCCCAGCUCUCAACCAGUGUGAGAAACUUGGAAACUGAGAUUUCAAGCCUAAAAAAUAAAGAUUCCCAGCUGUCAACCAGUGUGAGAAACUUGGAAACUGAGAUUUCAAGCCUAAAAAAUAAAGAUUCCCAGCUGUCAACCAGUGUGAGAAACUUGGAAACUGAGAUUUCAAGCCUAAAAAAUAAAGUGUGUGACAUCAGGACCUGCCCAUGUGACUGGAAGGAGUUCAGUGGAAAGUGCUACUACUUUUCCAAGGGCGAGAGGGACUGGCAGAAAGCAAAGGAUUUCUGCUACAAUCAAGACGCUGUGCUUGCAAUGGUCAAAACCCAACAAGAGCUGGACUAUAUAAGGGGGAAAAUCACAUCGAAUCACUGGCUUGGGUUGAGCGACUUGGAUACAGAAGAUGCUUGGAAGUGGUUAGAUGGAGAUUCUGUCAAUCUACAGAGCGGAUUUUGGGACACUAAUGAACCAAACAACAGUGGAAAUGAAGACUGCGUGAUCUGCAAUCGAGAGAAAACAUCUCAAACCUUUAUUCUGGAGGUGACCAACUUCCUAGAAGCAGGCGCUUUGAAGAUAUCAUUUAAACUCCUCUUCGUUCAUUUUGAAUUAGCUGGAAAUCGAAAGUUUAUUCGUGCCGUAUUACAGUAAAUCUCUGAAUUAGAUAUAUCUCUAAAUGAUUGUUGGGCUUGCCACAGUUAACUCUGGUUUAUCUAAAGCAACGUAUUUCCAUAGUGCAGCUUGUUGCAAUGGUGUCUUUAAAUCUACAUUGACAUUUUAAUAAACAUAUUGCAAACAGUGGAUUGUAUUUCAUUCUCAACACAAUCUGGUUUUAUGACUGUGAUUCAGUUAGCUUUGUGAUGCCUGUGACGUUGCUGUACAAUUUCCACUAAAAUAACAAAUAAAAAUGUUAAUGUUCUAAAACUCCAUGAGGACUUUUUUUACAUUACAAUUAUAAACAGAACAGUCACUCCAUUAAAUAUCACACCGCGCUUAUCAUGAUCAAAUUGAAAUGUCCGGACCGCAAUACAGAAACAGGCUCCUGAUAAUAUCACUGUGGUUAAUAUCACUCUCCGCUUAAUAUAAAGGAAAUGUAACAGUCAUGCAAUUGAUUUGAAUCCCACUUAAUAGCACUUGAAAAUGCCUGCACCCGCUGUCCUGUAUUUAGACGCAUUCCGUGUACGGCAGCCCAGUGGUCACAUGAUCACCCAGCUGGACUCAUGGAGAUCAGAAGUGUGUGUACUGUUAUUUUUGUUACCAUUGCACGUUAAUGAAAAUAUAUCGGAAAUAACGAAUUUAAACAGAGCCGCGAAGGCUGAAAUAACUUCUCUACCCGAGAAAAGAAGAGAAAAUAAAAACAAACAAUCUCGCUUGCAAAUUUUCUUUACACACGUCAACAAUCUCAAGUGUGACGACUUAGGGGAGAACUUAAAUGAGUUUCAGUUCGUAAGUGGCUGUUUGGUUUGCUAAGUUAUUGAUGAACUCCUGAUCAUGUCACUCUGCUUCUUGUCAUAAUCACAGUCCCUUUGAAGUGAUAUUAAGCAGGUUUGGCUCUCUGUGAAAGAAGCCGUCACUUCUGGUUCAACCACUCAAGUGCUUUUCUUGAGUACAAAGCUAUUUGUGCCGCCUCUGCUUACCUGCAUGGUCAACAUGACCUACUUCUGCUUCACAAAUUGACUUCAAAAGCAAUAGAAACAAGACGAGAACACAAUGCGAAGGGAACAGAAAGUGAAGCGUUCUGUCUCAACUGGGGAGUUUAUGACUGCGUGUCAAAUUACUGUGUGAGCAAGAAGAUUUCUAAAAAAAGAGACAUUCUGGGAUUAGCUACUUCAUGUGGAGAAGCAUGGAUGGGUGUAUGGCAGCUUUCCCAUGUUCUUGUAAGUGACCUACAGUAGUAGAGGUGUAUGACAAGGCCCUCCAUCACCUGUCUGUGUGAAGGACACAAAUUGAAAGAUAACGGAUGUCAAGAUGGAAGGAACUGAGGUGGGCAACAUUUGCAUGGGUUUUUUUUAAAAGCACUGCUUCUUUGAAAGCAGAAGUGAGAAGAGGAACAGAUUGAUCCUGUUGCUGGAAAAUCUACAAGGUUGUAAUGAACCUGUAUUUUGUAUCACUGUGUAUGUUUGUUACAUUCUCUAGGUUUGGAGUAAGAUUUCCUUCCCUCAAAAUAGCUGAUAAAACCGGUUUCCAUAGUAGACUGAUAUAUACAGGUAGUGGACAAAAAAAUGGAAACACCAAUUUAAAGUCACUUAAUAGGGCGUUGGGCCACUAUGGUAUCCCGCUCUGUGGAGUUCUCGGUGGACCGUUUUUGAUGAAACUGGCUGCUCGCGCCCCAGGUUGAAAUUUGCAGUCAAUUGAUCUGCAGUUGCUCGCCUGUUUUGCCUUGCACUUCGAAUUAAUGCACAGAUAUCACGAUCAUGGAGUAUGCGCUUCCACCCACUGUUGCCCUUUGUUGAUGAUGUCUUCCCCUCUGAGUUCCAUGCCGACAUCACCUUAGACACCGUUGUUCAUGAAACAUCAGCAAGUUGAGCUGUCUUGGUCACUGAAGCUCCUGCCAAAUGCGCCCCAACAAUCACCCCUCUUUCAAAGUCAUGGAAGUCUCCUCUUGCAGCCAUGCUAGCCAUAAUUAUAGGCAACCAGGCCUGUCCAGCAUUUUUAUACAUGACCCUAAGCAUGCUGGGAAGUUAUUUGCUUAAUUAACGCAUGAGCCACACCUGUGUGGAAGCCCUUGCUUUCAAUAUACUUGGUGUCCCUCAUUUACCCAGGUGUUUCCAUUUUUUUGUCCACUGCUAAUGCUGUGUGAUCCAAUCUACAGCUAUGACCAAAGGAUUUGCAUCACUCUAUAGAAUGAACUAAUAAAGUCAAAUGAAACCUGCUGAAUCAUGUUAUGUUAACAUAUUGAAUUACACACCGCUUUGUAGUUUUCCAUAUACUUAGGAAAAACUGACAAAUGGAUAAAUGUGACAUUUCGAAAUCCAACAUAAAAUACUUCUAUUAUG